AUGAUUUCAAACCUUUCAAAAGUUUUAAACUCAAAUGUAAAGAGAAUGUAUACUACAGCAAAAAACCUUGAAUCAGUUGUAAUUGUUUCAGCAGUUAGAACACCAAUUGGUUCAAUUGGUGGUUCAUUAUCAACAAUACCAGGUACAAAAUUAUCAUCAAUAACAAUUGAAGAAGCAGUAAAGAGAGCAGGUAUUAAACCAUCAGAUGUUGAUGAAGCAAUCAUUGGUAAUGUAAUUUCAGCCAAUUUAGGACAAGCACCAGCACGUCAAUGUGCAUUGGGAGCUGGUUUAGAACAAAAAACCAUCACAACCACCAUCAAUAAAGUAUGUUCAUCAGGUAUGAAAGCAAUUGUAUUUGGCGCACAAUCAAUCGCAUUGGGUCACAGCAAAACUGUGGUUGCAGGUGGUUUCGAAUCAAUGUCACAAGUGCCAUACUAUGCCGAUAAAAUGAGAUUCGGUGCAAAGUAUGGCAACCAAACAUUCAUCGAUGGUUUGGUUAGAGAUGGUUUAGCCGACGCAUACAACGGAAGUGCUAUGGGUGUUUGUGGAGAUGAUUGUGCCGAUAAAUAUAAGAUCACUCGUGAACAACAAGAUAAAUUCGCUGUAGAUAGUUAUUUGCGUGCCCUCGAAGCUCAAAAGAAUGGUUUCUUCAAUGACGAGAUUGUUCAAGUUCCAAUCGUUGGUCGUGGUGGUAAAGUCACCUAUGUCGUCGAGGAUGAAGAGCCAAAGAAAGUACUCUUUGAUAAAAUUCCAAACUUAAAACCAGCUUUUACCCCAAAUGGUACAGUCACACCUGCCAACGCUUCAAAAUUGAAUGAUGGUGCUUCUUCAGUCAUUUUGAUGAGUGAAAGUCAUGCAAAGGAAUUGGGUCUCAAACCAUUAGCCCGUAUUAUUGGUUAUGCCGAUGCUGAACAAGCACCAAUCGAAUUCCCAACUGCACCAGCUCUUGCCAUUCCAAAGGCACUUAAAAAUGCAGGUAUCAAUAUGUCACAAGUUGAUCUCUUUGAAAUCAAUGAAGCCUUUGCUGUUGUUGGUCUUGCAAAUGCAAAGAUCUUAGAUAUCGAUCAUAAUAAACUCAAUGUUAAUGGUGGUGCCGUUGCAUUAGGUCAUCCAAUUGGUUCAUCAGGUUGUCGUAUUGUUGUUACUCUUACUCAUUUACUUCAAAAUAAAAAUCUUAAAUAUGGUGUUGCUGCUAUUUGUAAUGGUGGUGGUGGUAGUACUGCUUUAGUUUUAGAAAAAUUAUAA